CAUACCUACUUGUACAUACCUUUACUUUACAUAUUCAUAUACAUACUUACUUGCUUACUUAAAGUACUUGGUACUUCCAGCACUCGGCCUGCAUGGCAUGCCGAUCGCCCGCCUACACCUACAUACAUAUCCUGCUCCAUCUAUUCCCCGCGCAUAGGGCAAUCAAUCUCUCGUCAUCAGCAGCUCUCCAGGUCCUGAACUCAGAUCUUGAGAAUCGAAUCGAGUCGAAUCGAAUCUAUCCAGGAGACACGCGUUCUCUUCCGUGUUCAUUUGCUCCUCCAUCCGUUCGUUCGUUCGUUCGUUCAGCAGAAAAACAUACAUCUACCUUACAUUUCCCACACCCGCGUCUCCCCUAUCCUAUCCUAUCCAAACAGCUUUCUCACCUCACACGCAACCCAACCCAACCCAACCACUCAGCAGCCACUUUCUGCACCCGUCGAAAAAAAAACUCUCAGCAUCCUUCCUCCCCGGAGACGAGACACACGCUCCUCCUCGAGGGGAAUCCCAAAACUGCUGCGUGGACGCCCGAUGUGCGAUUACACGCAGGUCGAGUUCCGGUGCGGGCACGUCCGCUACACGGUGCGGGCUUGGUGCUCGAGCUAUGAGACGACGCAUCGACGAUGUCCGCCUACGGUCGUGGCGAUUGAGUUUAGACUAGAUGAACGAUGUGGGGAUUGUCGCGCGCCGGCUAUCACGCCUACGUGGAUGGGACAGUACACGAAGAACUCGCGCAUCCAGGCUUGAGCGGGGUCUGGUCACGAUCUAGGAG